AUGACCGGAGGGAAUCCGGUGACGGUGGCGGGCACAGAGAGACCAUCGGAGUGGAGCGGGGACGCGAUACGCCGGCGUUUCCUUGAUUUCUACGCCGCCCGUGGCCACAAGAUACUUCCGAGCUCGUCUCUCGUGCCCGAUGACCCCACCGUGUUCCUCACCAUAGCUGGGAUGCUUCAGUUCAAGCCUAUAUUUCUUGGCAAGGAACCUAGGCGUGUACCAUGUGCCACCACCUCCCAGAAAUGUAUACGGACAAAUGACAUUGAGAAUGUGGGACGCACAUCCCGACAUCAAACCUUCUUUGAGAUGCUUGGGAACUUCAGCUUUGGCGAUUACUUCAAGAAGGACGCAAUCAAAUGGGCAUGGGAGCUGACAACCAAGGAGUAUGAACAAUUCCUUUAUUCCGCAUGCAUCAUGAUAUCCAUGAUGGCAAAGGAAUCCACUUUACUCCACUGGGUUUUAAUGGGUAGUUAUAGUCCCCUGAACCUUUUGGGUCCACUUAACCUCCUGAACUUCUUUUUGGUCUACUUAACUCCUGGAACUUAUAAUAAUGGGUCACUUCACUGUUCACUCCCUGACAUCACAUGUGGAUGGUAUGGAUUACCCCCAGAAAGAUUGUGGAUUAGUGUAUUUGAAGAUGACGACGAGGCAUUCUCUAUUUGGCUCAAUGAGGUUGGUGUACCAAAGGAACGGAUAAAGAGGAUGGGCGAGGAUGAUAAUUUUUGGACUAGUGGUGCAACUGGACCUUGCGGACCAUGUUCUGAAAUGUAUUAUGAUUUCCAUCCUGAGAGAGGAUCCUUGAAUGCGGAUUUGAAUGAUGAUAGCCGAUUUAUCGAAUUCUAUAAUCUUGUCUUCAUGCAAUACAACAAAAAUGAUGAUGGAUCUCUAGAACCAUUGAAACAAAAGAACAUUGAUACAGGAAUGGGGCUUGAGCGUAUGGCGCGCAUUCUUCAAAAUGUUCCAAACAAUUACGAGACAGACUUGAUUUUCCCAAUAAUGGAAAAGGCAGCAAGCAUGGCGCUAGUUUCCUACGGUAAAGCUGAUGAUGCUAUGAGGACAAAUCUUAAAGUAAUUGGUGAUCACAUGAGGGCAGUUGUUUAUCUCAUAUCAGAUGGGGUCAUCCCCUCGAAUAUUGGGAGAGGAUAUGUUGUUCGAAGGCUUAUAAGAAGGGUCGUCCGGACUGGUAGAUUGAUAGGUAUGAGAGGUGAUGGGCAUGAGAACUCUGAAGGUGCAUUUUUACCUUCUCUAGCUGAGACAGUAAUUAGCCUUAGCAGUGAGAUAGAUCCAGAUGUUGAAUCAAGGCGGAAAUCAAUUCUUGGAGAACUUCUAAGGGAAGAGCUGCGAUUUGUACAGACUCUGGGAAGAGGUGAAAAGUUAUUAGAUGAACUUUUGGAUGAGGCAUUAGGUAGUGCUGGCGGGGACAAGCCUUGCCUAUCUGGAAAAGAUGUAUUUCUUUUAUAUGAUACAUAUGGUUUCCCCAUUGAGAUUACAGCUGAAAUAGCUAGUGAACGGGGUGUUACUAUUGAUAUGAAGGGGUUUGAUAUUGAAAUGGAAAACCAAAGAAAACAAUCUCAGGCUGCUCACAAUGUUAUCAAACUUUCUGUGGGAAAUGAGACCGAGAUUGUCAAAAGUAUCCCUGAUACUGAAUUUUUAGGGUAUGAGUCCCUUUUUGCAACAGCUGUUGUUAAAGCUCUUUUAAUUAAUGGAAACCCAGUAGAAAAUGUUUCAGAAGGUACUGAUGUGGAAAUACUAUUAGACCGAACACCGUUCUAUGCUGAAUCAGGUGGUCAAGUUGGAGACAAUGGUUUCUUAUAUGUGUAUGGAGAGGAAGGUGGGAAACAAAAUGCAGUCAUACAAAUCAAAGAUGUCCAAAAAUCCCUGGGAAACAUCUUUGUUCACAAAGGCACAAUUAAACAGGGGUCAGUCGAGGUUGGAAAGAAAAUCGACGCUGCAGUUGAUGGAAAACUGAGGCAGGGAGCCAAGGCUCAUCAUACUGCUACACAUCUACUACAGUCCGCUCUUAAAAGUGUCAUUGGUUCAGAGACAUCACAGGCUGGAUCCCUUGUGGCUUUUGACCGCCUCCGAUUUGACUUCAGUUUCCAUCGGCCCCUUACAGAAAAGGAGUUACUGGAAAUUGAAUCACUGGUGAACCAAUGGAUUAGCGACGCAACACAUCUCGAGACAAAUGUGAUGGCAUUACAAGAUGCGAAAAAUGCUGGUGCCACUGCAAUGUUCGGAGAAAAAUAUGGUGAACAGGUUAGAGUUGUCGAGGUCCCUGGGGUGUCGAUGGAACUGUGCGGUGGAACUCAUGUCAGUAAUACUGCGGAGAUCCGUGGAUUCAAGAUAAUCUCAGAACAGGGAAUAGCUUCUGGAGUCAGAAGGAUCGAGGCAGUUGCAGGUGAUGCGUUUGUUGAGUAUGUUUGUUCACGGGACAACUACAUGCGACACUUAUGCUCUUCGCUUAAGAAACAGUUAUUUAGAAAUCACUUGACUAAACACUUCAUGCUUGUUACAAGCAAUACCUUGUCCCAUGUGGGUAGUGUGAUUAGAGAGUGCAAGAGAGAGGUCAAAGCAGAAGAUGUCAACAGCAGAGUAGAAACAAUUCUUGAAGAACUAAGAACAGCGAGAAAUGAAGCAUCAUCUCUACACAGCAAAAUCGCAGUGCUUAAAGCAGCAUCCCUGGCAAGUAAAGCUGUACUCGUUGAACCUCAUAAUGUCAGGAUCCUAGUUGAGAACAUGGGGGACGUGGAUGCUGAUGCGCUGAAAAGCGCAGCCGAGCAUCUCGUGGGAACCCUCCAAGACCCAGCCGCGGUGAUUUUAGGUUCAAGUCCAGGAGACGGUAAGGUGAGCCUGGUCGCUGCCUUCAGUCCUGGAGUCGUGAAAUUGGGAGUGCAAGCGGGCAAGUUUGUGGGUGGAAUAGCGAAACUUUGCGGUGGAGGUGGUGGCGGCAAACCGAACUUUGCUCAGGCUGGCGGUCGGAAGCCAGAGAACUUACCAGAUGCCCUAGAGAAGGCUAGAGCUGAAAUUGUUGCAGUGGUAUCUUCAAAAGCCAGCUGA